AUGAAACAAAUUGAAAUAGAUAAAGAAUCAGAUGAGCCAAUGAUUUAAGAAGAAACUUUAUUAAAGACAGAAUAAUAUUUAUGUCCUGCCAAUAGAAAUCAUAAAUUAUAAAGUCUUGAUAAAUUAUUGUCUCAUCUUCAUACAUGUAAAGAAGUCAAAUUGGCAGAUAAGCCUCGAUUUGUAUAUUAUUGUUAAGUAUAAUAUUAAUUUAAUCAAGUAUUAUUAAGGUCAUUGUUUUUUGACAACAGAAGAUAGAGAAAAACAUGAAAAAAUAUGUUAAUGGAGAUUAGGAUUAAAAAAAUAACAUGAUCCUACAGCCAAUAAGUAUUCAAUAAUUUAACCACUUGGAAAACCUAUUAAUAAUACUUAAUAAUAGUAAAAACCAGUUGCUUAUACUGAUUAAUAAUAAAGAAAUUAUGAAUAUGCUAUAAAGAAGGGAUUAAUCAAGAAGAAAGGAAAUGAUGAAUAUAUUCCAGAUGAUGGUUUUGAAUUUAAUAAAGAUUUUAAAAAAGUAGAUGAAUUAAUGAAAUUAUAAAUCUAGAAAAAUAUAUCAGGUUUUUAAUUUUAUAAUUUUUAUAAUAGAUUAAAAUUAGAAUAAUAUACAAUUUACAUUCCAAAACUAUUUUUAUAUGGUUUAACCUCAAAAUAAAUAAUUGAUUGAUUUUUUAAUAAAGAGAAUUCCAUAUAAUCUAUAUUUUAGAAAAUAUAAAGUAUUUGUAUAAUUAUACAAUAAAGUAUUAUAAAGAAGAUGAGAAGAAUUAGAUUGUAUAAAAGUUUCUGAUGAAGGAGAAAAAGAGAGAGAAGAGAAGACAAAAUAGUAAACCAGAUAUUAAAUAUAAUUUGAUUAAUUAAAUACCAAAUGAUAUCCUACUCAAUUUAUUAAAUUUUAAUACAUAUGAAGAUUAUUUAGACAAAUAAAUGGAAGUAAUAUUUUAUUUUAAUAUAGGAAUUUGUAAAUUAAAAGAAGAUAGAAGAAGAAAAUUUAUUUACAUCUACAUAUUUGAUGACUACAGAUAAAAAAGCAAUUUUUACUCUUUAGAUUGGAAAAGAUUUUAAAGAUAUUUUUGGAAAGAAUAUAAAUCUAUUGGAUUUUAAAGCUUUAUUUUCAGAUUUCAUAACAUUUAAAUUUAAAAGGGAUGAAAAUAUUAAUAAGUAGAUUGAACCAUAUUUAAGUUAAACAUUAGAUUAGAAUGAAAGUAAUAAAAAUUAAAAAUAAAAUUAAAAUAUUUUUGAAGAAGAAAUAGAUAUUUAAUAGUAAAGAUUAAUAGGAGAAUUAAAAGCUAAACUUGAAAUAUAGAAAUAAAAGAAUUAAGAAGAUAAAAGUUAAUUGGAAAGAAAUUAAAGGGAAUUAUAAGAAUUGAUUGAGAAAAAAAAAAGUUUAAUUUAGAAAGAAUCAGAUGUUGAAUUAUAAAUAAAGAAAGUUAAUGCUUAAAUAAAUUCAUAUCAUUCAAAAAUAAAAUCAUAUAAAUAAGAAUUGGAAUUAAAGAAUUAAGAAAAAAUAAAAAUCUUAUAUGAUUAAAAAGAAAAAGAAUUAAAUGAAUUUAUUGAUGCAUUAAAUCAAUAGGUUAAUUAAUAUGAAAGUAGUCAAUAAGAAAUUAAAGAUGAGAUCUAAAGUUUAAAAGAAGAAAAAUAGAAAUUAAAAAGUACAAUAAAUAGAUUACAACCUUUUAAAUUAUAAUUAGAAAGAUAAUUAGAAGAUUUAUAAAAAUAAGAAAGUAGUGUUCCAUAAUAAAUGACAUAAUCAGAAUAUUAUACUGGAAAUGAAUUUGUUUUUGAUAUUUCUGAUAAAAUAAAAUGUAAAGCAUGUAAAAUAAGAAAAAUAAAUGUUGUUUAUAUUCCUUGUGGAGAUGCAGCAUUAUGUAAGAUUUGUCAUGAAAAAUUUGAAUAAUUGUUACCUCAUGUAUGUCCAAUUUGUGAAUAAUUUGUUAAAAGAGUUUAUCAUUUUAUGUGGGAAAAUGAAGGAUGA